AUGAAAAUUCCCCUCUUUCUCCUUCUCCUACUCUCUUUUCUUGCGUCCGGAUGUGAAUUCGAAGUGGAGUACGACUAUGAAACCGUUUCCCCAACGGACUGCUCAAGUUGCCCACCGUUUACAAGUCUCUUCUAUUCUCAUUACGCCAACGCCUCCAACUCUGAGACCUACUACAAGAUCUCCGAUUGUGUCUACAACUACACCUGCCUCACAGUCCAGCAAAAAGAAAACUAUGUGAUUGUAAACGCGACGGAAGAUAUCAAAGUGGCCACCGGUUAUUUUAUGCGCGUCCAUCUCACCGACAAGCCCUAUCCAGAGUACGGGGACCCGAUCAACGUGUUUGAUGCGCUCGGCUUCCAAUGUAUUGACUCAAAAUGGUACGCCACUAAAUUCCCAUAUGGAUUAUGGCAUAAUGGAGCCACUAGAAAUAUGUCGGCUGCUGAUUUGGUGGGGAUUAAGCUACCAAUUCAAGCGAUGAGCAUUCUAUGCAAUUGA